GUGAGGCGAUGCUCCCCGACAAAACAACAACAACAACGACGACGACGCAGCGCACAAAACUGCACACGCAACUGUGCGUGAUUUUAAAUUAAUAAAAAAUACAACAACGUAAAUAAAUAGUCGAGUUGAUAAUCUCCUUUGGAUCAUUAGCCUCUCCCCCGUGUGUGUGUGCGUGCGCGCGACAGCGACACAUAUAUAGUAAUAGUUACACACGGUACACACGCACACACGAACGUACGUGUAUAACUACUGUAGUAGUGCUGUCGCGAAAGAGGAAAAAAAAGGGAAUUAACGGAGAGGAGCGCGCAUACCUCUCUCGGUUGGACCUUGUUUUUUUUCUCUCUCUCACUGUGUAUCGCAUACCUUCGCGUUUCCCGUGUGUGUCCGCGCCUCUCCGACAGUCAGUGUACAGUAAAAAGUGUGCGUGCGUGCGUGUGUGUGUUUCGUGCACCUAGAUUUUACAGGGCCAAGUACAGUACUAUAUAGAUUUACUGCGCACCUCGACCAGAGAGAGAGAGAGAGCGAGAGCCCAUCGCACACACACACUUAUAUAUGGACACAGGCCCCAAUCGUAUAUUUCUACCAAAAGUCAGUGUGUGUGUGCUACCAAAUACAGAGGAGAGUAGUGCCUGUGUACGUGCCAUUACGACAUAUAUAUAAUAAAAAAAAUACAUAGAUAGAUAUCGCAGUGUGUGUGUGUGCGCGCGCGCGUGUGUUAAUGCAAAAGUGACACCAAGAGAGUGAGAACCGGUGCAUAAUCGAGGCUCAUCCAUCAACUUUCCCAUCAACUUCAUCUCUCUCUCUCUCAGACUUGGCAACUUUUCCGAUUUUAUCCGCGAGGCUAGCUGCUGCCCCAUCGAAGCAUCACUGUCUCUCUCUUACAUCUUGUACGGAUAUCGUCGUCUUUCAACAAAUUUACGGCAUAUAUAUACUGCCAAGCUAGCAGCUAUAUAACUCGACGGUUCUCGACUCAUCAGCUGAUUUUUGUACACACAACAAUAAUAAUAAUAAUUAUUACCGACCAUCCGUCCGAUUAUAUAAGAUACGCAGCUGCAGCAGUAGCGGCGUAGCCCAUCGUGGCGCUCUUUUCUGGAUCACGCAGUCUCGAGAGGAGCCCCCCACGAAUACAGCACAAAUACAGUUCGUCUGUAAAUCGAGCGCAAGAAUUUAGCGAGAGCGAUCGUGAUCAAUAUCGCAUUUCACACAUAUCGAAUCGAUUCUCGGAUCAUCAGCGCGCGAGAGUGCGCGUGCACUGCCACUGACUCUCUGGUACUCUCCCCGCGAGAGAGAGAGAGAGAGAGAGCUGUCCCAAGUUCGCCCAUCGCACAGCAGCAGCACAGCAGUCCAAGUGCGAAAGAAGGGAAGAAGCACACACGCACACACGCAUACGGGGGUAUAACGAUUGAAAAUCGCCCGCAGCCCCUCGCGCGCGCCAGUCGUGUGUCGGGGCCCGCACACGCCGAACAUGGAUUCGUCCGUGUGCUGAAGCCGAGCGUGAUUUUGUAUACGAAGGCGCUCGCAAGGACUGUGGGGACGCGUGUGUCUCUCUCACUUUCUGCUGGAUUGUCCUGAGCGCAAUCCGGUGGUCGUGACGGUGCUCCCUUCACCGAAAAAGAACGUCGAAAUAAGAAAGGAAAAAAAAAUCACUGGGGCUAUCGGUGCAGUGAUACAUCGAGAAGGUCGCUGCUGUAGCAGCAGCACGACAGCGUUCGAAAGAAAAAGGUGCGCGCGCGCGCGCGUGUGAACAAGUGCGAUCGGAUUGUCGUCGUCGUCGUCGUCGUCGUCGUAGUCGAGAGAGAGAGAAAGAGGUGCAUGAACGGUGAGCGAAACUCAGCGAGCAGUGCACCAGUGCCGAGAAGAAGAGGAUACCAGCAAAAAUAAAAAAGCGAGGAGGCAAAAAAAAAGUAUACACGCGAGAGCAUGAGAAGGCGAUAGCAGCAGCAGCAACGGCUAUGAGUUACGUGAAUGCACCUACGACUACUGCUCGCGGGUCGUACCAAUUUCAUACGCCUAGCUAACCUACUUCGGAGUUAGCGCGAGCCAAGGCAGCAGCGGCAGCAGCACACAUCGUGGCGCGCACGGCUGCUGCAUACACGAGCCAAAGGCCAAAAGCCAAAAGCCUCCGGACAAUUGACACCAGUUCUCUCUACGCACACACACACACGUAUACACCUAUACAUACAUACGUACACGCGUAUACUCGAUCCCCUCUUCACCCCCACAUAUACAUUCGACGCACACACAUGCUAGAGUCGAGUGUGUCACACACGUGCAGUAUAGAGAGAGAGAGAGAGAGUAAUGAUCGAUUGUCGGAUGGAUAAGUCCUCGUCGUCAUCGUCCUGCUCAUCGUCGUCGUCGUCGAUAUCCUUGUCAUCGAGUUGUUGUUCGUUUUCGAGUGAUUUUCAUCGUCGAUAGAGAAGAGGGCCGACCCUUUUAUGGGUUGCUCCGUUGUCGCGAGUGUCUUUUCGAGUGCGCGAUUGUUUUUUUGUUUUUGCUAGUUGUUGUUAUUGAAUAAAAAAAAAAAUUCAUAAAUAAAUAAUAUUGAUUAUCAGUGAGGUUCUACGAGAAGUGCGAUCGUACGAUAAUCGGAAAUCUUCCUCGUGCGAUCGAGUGGUGCGUCACAAGUGCACAGAGAAGAUUAGAUAAUAAUUUGAAAAAAAGUGUCGAGGAGAGUUUUCUAAGAUUGGUCUACGAGAGAGCAACGGCAUUACGAAACUCUCGCGGCCGUGGAGUGCCAAGAGGAGUCCGUUGAUCCUCCUUCGUCCGUGGGAAAAGGGUGUGUCGUGGUGGUGUGCAAGAGGCGAGAGUUCGCUACUGCACUAGCCUCGCGCUACUAUACUGCUGCUCUCCCUGUACACUCAGCAGGCAUCGCACAGGCCGCGCGCCACACACACACACACACGCCGCCACCUCCUCCUCCUCCUCCUGUACUGCUACUCGUCCUCCUCGUGUCUCCGUCUCUCUUGCUCCUCUUUUUGGUGGUGGUGAGUGCAUGAUCGGUGUCAGCGGCAUCAUCAGCAGCAGCGGCGACGAGUGACGGGACGUCGCAGCGCGUGUCGUCGUGUCACAGUGUGUCGCGGUGCUGGUGUUGGUGGUGGUGGUGUCGUGUGCCUUCCCGGCCCCAUAGAAAGUAGCUGCCAGCUCGCCGCUGCUGCUGCUGCUACUGCUGCUGCCCAUCAGCAGGAGGGUCCGCCGAGGGUGGAGUGGAGCAAGGGCAGUAGCGGCGCUGUGCGUCAGGAUGCAGCAUGAACCUCGUUGCCCUGCGCUGCUGGGAGCUGACGAGCCUCGGCUGCAGGGGGACGACUGCUGCACGACGCUGCCGUGGACAGGACGCGAGACGUCGGCGGCGGCAGCGGCAGCGGCCGGCUGCUGCACGGCCGACCACAAAAACGACGACGACUUGUACGUGGCGGCGGCGGCGGCAGCAGCUACGGUGCGGCAUUCUCGACGUCGCCUACGACGACGCCGGAGCAGCGCCGACCGCUGCAGCUGCAGCUGCGGCUGCACCACGAUCGGCGGUGCAGCCAACACCGGAGCCGGAAGAGGACUGGUUCACCUGCUGCUGUUACAUCGCCAGCCGAUACCGGCGACGAUACGACGACACUGGGCCGGUGGCCAACCUCGACACCUGCGUCAGGUGCGGAGGUGUACCACUCGGAAUCGAGGAAGCAGCAGCAGCACAAGUUACAGCGAGUGCAGUGUCAGCAACGUCGGCUACUGCAGGAGAGCUUCGGGGCAGGAGCUUCAGGGGAACUUCUAAGAGCCCCGCUGACCCAGACCUACGAGCACGACUUCGUCGUCAUCAGGAGCGCGGAGGAGGAAGAGGAGGAGGAGGAGCGGCAGGCAGGCACCUGCUGCUGCUACUGCUGCUGCUACUAUCCCCCAAUAGGCCUGGGACGCUCACGCCAAGCGGGGCUUUACAUUUAUACUCAACAACAACAACAAAAACAACAACAACAACAACAAGAAUCAUCGUUAGAAGCAGAACAAGACGAAAGAAGAAGAAGAAGAAGAAAAAGUGCGCGAGUGCGAGCGAGUCGAAGCGAGGAGAAGCUCAGCAGCGAUGCCACCGCGCCUCAACAACUGCUCGUCGUCCCCAACUGGUCGUCGACGCGCAGCAGGCAGCAGCACAGCAAGUGGGACUUGUCGCGAGUCCCCGCCUCGGCACCGAUGCGGCUCGCCUCCGGCAGUCGCGACGGCCUCCGAGUACACGACGACGCUCAUCGUCCACCGAUAGCAGCAGCAGCAGCAGCAGCAGCGGCGGCAGCAGCAGCGGUAUCGACGACGACGACAGAAGCCGUCGACCAUAGCACGAUUACUGCUAUUGCCGGCCAGAAAAAGAGGAGGAGGAGGAAGAGGAGUAGGAGGAGUCGGACGAGGAGGCCUCAGCGGGCCCCGAUUCAACGCUCCAACACUGCCUUGGACAAAACGACCUUCACUGCCACUCUCCAUCGUAAGAGUCGCCCACGGAGGUUACUCGUCCUCUACUCCCUGCUGUUGCUGUUUCUCCAGUCGUUCGUCGCGUUCGCCGCUGCCUCGUCGUCGUCGUCGUCACAAUCCAUGCUGAAGCAGCAGAGCCGGCGCACAGUGCCUCGGCACCCUUACAACGAAUACGCCUGGGAGCUGAACCAGAUCAAUCCGUGGCUGUCGGCCUGCGACCUGUCGGGUCCCGCGCCCGAUCUGCAGGGCAGCUGCGGCCCGCCCGAGGUGCCCAAGUCCUGUCCGGGCUCCUGUCGACAGGCUGCGAGCUUCGAUCGGGUCGUGGAGCUGCUCCAGGCCAUCGAGAACGCCACGACCACGAUGAUCCAUACCGGGUCGGCUCGGCGCAAGUCCCAUCACCACCACGACGACGACGACGACGACGAGGACGACGAAGAGUCCGAAGACGUCGUGGAGGAGGACGCGGAUGCGGCAGCCAACGGGGCGAGUCGCGAGCAUCGCAGCAAGAGCAGCAAAAGCAAGUCGUCGUCGUCGGGGCCAGGUGACGGCGGUGCAGCAGCAGCAGCGGCGUCGGCGGCGUCGGCUCCGGAUCAGUGCCUUUUUUAUCUCGAGGAGUCGCACAAGCGCGACGUCUGCCGGCAGGAUUUCGGCACGUCGGCCAGCCGGAGCUACGCCAACGCCCGCGAGAAUCGCUACUGGUACUUGAAGGGCCUGAGGCUGCGCCACUGCUGCGAGCAGUCGGCGGUGCACGCCCUGGCCCCGGGCAAGCUCGGCCCCCUCGAGGCCGUGUUGGAGGGCGGGCCCGGCUGCAGCGAGGCCCUCGACAAGCUCCUGGCCGUGGACCAGAUGGCCGCCCGGCUGCACUGCGAGUUCGAGGAGGUGCUCGCGCGCUACGACUGCGGUCAGGUCUACUCGGUACAGCACAACUGCAACCACUGCAAGGAGGCAUAUAGAAAAUGGGUGUGCAGCUCCCUGGUGCCUUACUUCGCUCACGGGGGACCGUAUCCUUCAGAGCCCUCGGAGGAAUCCUGGACCGGCCGACGAUUGAGGCCUUGCCGGUCCCUCUGCCAAUCUGUGGAACAACGCUGCCCCUACCUGCUGCCGGGCGACCGUGCGCCGGCCUACCCGACCCAGUACGCCGGAGAGCCCACCUUCCUUUGCCGAGAUCCCAACAUCCCCGAGGUCGGCGAGCAGGCGGCCCGAGCCCUGCACCCGAUCACCGAGGACGAGUGCUGCUUCAACAUCUGCAGCGAGGACAAGCCCGGCCUGGGCAUCUGCGCCAACUGCACGAAUCGCGUCGUGUACAUGGGCCCGACGCAUCGCGACCCGGCCACGGCGCCCAAGUGCGACAUGUCCUCCCUGCCGGGUCCACCACCUCGACCGCUGUCGGGCCUCUGCGGCAGCGGCGGCAUCGGCUCGAUGAUGCCCAGCACCGACUCGCCGACCACGGUCAACCCUUCGGACAUGAGCAGCAGCAGCCCAUCAUCAUCGAGCAGCAGCAGCGAAUCACCGAUACUUUCAGCCACAACGUCGUCUUCUUUAUCGUCGUUGGAGCUGUCGUCGUCGAGUCCAAGCAGCAGCGACACGCCGUUCUCGCCGAGCAGCAGCAGCACCAGCGUCUCGGUCGCCACCUACUCCUCGAGUAGCGCAUCUUCUACGGUCGGAGCCUCUCAGCAGCUGCCGCUGCUCUGCCUCUUCUGCCUCUGGGGCGUUCUGUUCUCGAGGCAGUGGUGCUCGGCGCUCGGCCAGGGUCUGGCUGCCCUCGUACUCGGCUCGAUAGGACGCGCCCUCGGCCGGACCAGGCGCACCGUGCGCGCCUGCCUCGCGGCCGUCCUCUCGGCCCUACUACCGCCAGCCUGGAUCGAUCGAGCCUAUCGUAAUAAUAAUAAUAAUAAUAAUAAUGGUAGUAGUGGUCCGGUGAGCCAGAAGCGCGGACGACGACGACAAAGUUGGCGCCUGCCAAAGUCCGCGUACCGCUACGAUCAUCGGCACUGCUGCUAUCGCUGGUGGCUCUGGCCGAGCCGCUGGAAGUCUCGCGGAUGCUGCUGCAGCUGCGAGUCGCGCUGGCUCUGGCUCUGGCCCUGCCGAUGGAAGAGACGGCCGCUACAUUUCAUGCCACGCUACAACAACAAUAAUCGUCAGCACCAGCCUCAGCAGCAGCCUUGGAGAGUGCGCAAAAAGCGCCGUCGACGGAAAAUCCAUCGAGCGAGCUACAGCAGCAGCGAGCGGCCGCCAACGAGUCGCUUUCUCGUCGCGUCGUACUACUACGUGGAGCAGCCGUCGUAACGGCGCCUCGUCGCAGUCGCCUAGUUCUCUCCUCUCCUCCUCCUUCUUUAUACACCCACUACCCCGCCGUCACAUCGCAGGCAGCUCAGCUAUAUAGCUAGCUCUACCUUAUAUUAUACGCAAGGGCCUCUACUCUCUGUUUUAUCCUCGGCUUAAAUAAUCUCAAGAGAGAGAGAGAGAGAAAGAAAACGACUCCUCGUUUUGUGCGUUAUAUUAUACACCGUCGAGCUUUUCUUCGUUUUACACACGUGCACGAGAGAGUCACGCGUCGUUGCGAGAUACAUAUAGUCAGGGCGCGGCGGCGGCGCUGCUGCUGCCUCGCUCUCAGCUAUGCACGAUGAUAUAAUAAAAAAAAACGACAUAAGCUGACUGAUUAUUUCGUGCAACAACAACAACAACAACAACAAAAAAUAUUAUAUUAUAAAAAUGAAAAAGCGAAAAAAAAAGAAGGAAAGUCGCGCGACCGGGGAACGAUAUACAAAACAUAAUUGAAGCUCGUACUCUCUAGACUCGUGCAGUGUCGGAGCGGCACACACACCGUGGCUGAUUAUAAUCGACUUGUUUGCUAUAUUAUACACACACACGAGUUCCAUGCGAUCCGUGUCGUUGUGUCGUGCGGUGGUGUGUUGCCGACCGACCGCCCGCCUACACAUCCCCCGACUUAUACCACUGAGGCUUAUAUGAAAAAAUAAAUAAAUAAAAAUAACGGCUAAAGAAAAAAAAUAUAUAUAAUUAUUAUUAUGUAACGAUAACGGGUUAAUGAUAACGAGCAAGAAAAAAAAUAAUAAUAAUAAACAAUAAUACAAUAAUAAUGAUCGAGUACUCAUGAAUUAUCGAGUCUUGGAAAAUGUAAAAUAUUACGUGUGCGUGUGUGUGUUGUGUGUUAUUGACAUUUGUGUCAAAAGCGGAGAGAGCGUGAGUGAUUAUAUAAAUUUAAAACAUAUAGUGUAUACCUACGUGCUGCUAACGUGUAUGUGUGUACAUAUACGACACAUAGUUACGAAGGGAGGGGAAAAUGAAAAAAAAAUUUACCGAUCACCCACAAACGACGAUUAUAAGAGUACAGAUUAUUCAUAUAAUAUAGAAAAUAUUAUAUACGAGAAUCGAUUCGAAUCGAGGUGUGUACGAAAAAAAACACACACACGAUGAAAAUUCAAUGAUCUUGUUCAAAACAGAAGUGAAAAAAAUAAAAUAGGCCAAGCAAUAUUUAAGACGAAAAAACAUACGCACAUUUUAAUCGACAUGCGCACGCCAACCGUGUAAUAUUAGAGAAUUAUUAUGUUUGCGCGCGAAACCAGCCGAAACGAGUAAGAGUGAGCGAUUUCUCUUACGCGGUUUUUAAAGCUCAACGUGGUUGACUUUUGUCCUUUACUUUUUUCUUUUUUUUACCACUCAAAUAUCAAACGUACUGCCGACGCGAGGCAAAGGAAUUUAAACGCAUGGGAAAAAAAA